AUGGCGAAAAAGAAGCCAGGCAAAGAUGCGUCGAGAGCGGCCACAAAGGCGGCCAAGAAAGCAAAGGCAGCCCAGAAGGUACAGCGGAAGGACAAAAAGAAAGUGGGAAAGUCAAAGGAGGAGGAUGAAGACGAUCAAGAUCUAGAGGGAAUCCUCGAUAGAAUUCAAAGAGAGUGGGAAGAAGCGCACAAGGUGACAGAAGAACUUGUGGAAGGCCCUCCAAGUCGACGCGCAAAUGCUACCCUUACGCCAUGUCCGAGCGGGAACUACUUGUGGUGUAUUGGAGGCGAAUUCUUCAGUGACGAUGGAAAGGCGUAUUUUUACAACGACGUAUUUCGAUAUUCACCGGAUAAGGAUGAGUGGCGCAAAUUUGUGUCACCAACAUGCCCUGGGCCACGUUCAGCGCAUGCUCUAGUUGCAUCUCCGGCAGGUGGUGGCAAGUUAUUCUUAUUCGGUGGCGAGUUUUCGUCGUUGUACCAGAAUUCAUUUCACCACUAUCGCGAUUUCUGGUGCUUUGACAUCUCAACGCAUGCAUGGGAUCGAAUUGACACCAAGAUCAAGCCAACCGCACGCUCGGGACAUCGGAUGGCGAUGUGGAAACACUAUAUUGUCCUUUUCGGGGGUUUCUACGAUCCGGGAAUUAGGACAAAUUACCUUAACGAUCUUUGGCUUUUCGACACUCAAGAAUAUAAAUGGAAGCAAGUGGAGCUCAGGGAUGCAGAGCGAAAGCCGUCGUUACGGUUUCUCAUUUCUUCCCGUAGCAGAUGGAAUACUCUUACAUGCAUGCAUGAAGGUGGCUACUGCAAAGAAUACCACAAAGGUAGUCGUCCGAUAGGAGUCAUGUUGGAUGAUACGUGGUUCCUGAGAAUCACAGUCAACGAGACCAAAGAUGGUAAGGCGCCAGCCGAACCUCUAACAUUAAAAUGGGAGCGUAGAAAGAGGCCAUCAACAGCAUAUGCACCUUCGUUACGAUCUGGAUGUACAAUGACCUUGUGGACGACAAGGAACACAGGUAUACUGUUCGGAGGCGUCACGGACGAGGACACGAGUGAGGAAACAAUGGAAAGUGUUUUUCAUAAUGAUCUGUAUGGAUAUCAGGUUAGCGGGAAUGGACGCUGGAUAUCGAUGCUCCUGAAGCGACCUAAGAAGAAAUCUACCGGUGCAAAGAAGCAAAAGUCUGUUCCUGCUCCGGCGCGAGCCCCGUCGAGCGACGAGGAAGAUGACGAAGGUAACUCAGAGCAAAGUGGAGAUGAGAUUACAAUCCAAGCCCGUACCAAAAAGAAAUCAGGCACUCCUCUUGCUCCUGCUUCAGCGUCCGUAGAUCCUGAGAAUGACCUCGACGACCCUGAUAUAAGUAGACCCAUGCCACGCUACAAUGCCAUGUUAGCUGUCCUGCGCAACACACUUUAUAUCUAUGGAGGUAUAUUUGAACGAGGAUCCCGAGAAUAUACGCUCGACGAUUUUCACUCAUUGCAGCUUGACAAGCUAGAUAGGUAUACUUGCUUGAAGAGCAGCGGAAUUACUAUAGCGGCGGAAGGCGAUGAAGAAAGCAGUGAUGACGACGACGACGACGAUGACGACGACAGCGACAGCGACGACGGCGAAGGGGGCGAGGAUGAAUCCGAAGGAGAGGAUCCUGGCGCUGUAGCUUCUAAAUCCCCUGCACCCGCAGAGGAUGCAGAUCAAGACGCAGAGGUAGAGGUUGUUGAGCAAGGCACACUCAAAACGGAGAAGGAUGCGCUCCGCCUGCAGGCUGCGGCAUUCAUGGGGGUGGCUAAAGACGCUACGCGGUCUGCGGAGGAUAUCAUUAGUACGCCUCUGCCCGGAGAGACAUUAGCAAUGUUCUAUGCUCGUUCACGUGAAUAUUGGACCGGUAGAGCCCACGGAAACAGCGGCAAUCGGGGAAAAGAACUUCGACGAGAUGGAUUCGCCAAGGCUGAGGAGAGAUACGCCGCGUAUAAGCCAAUCCUCGAGGAGGUCGAGAGGAUCCUCGCAGAAGCUGGAUUGGAUGAAGAGGAAAUGAGAAAGGGAGCAGCCGUUGGUCCCGCAGGAUCUACAGGACAAAGUAGAAAUCGACGUUGA